CAAAUAGCCUACAAAUUGGUAACUCUUGUCGCACUCAUAGCAGAGAACACAAAUUGUUUUGUGUUCUCUGUCAUAGCUUCCGUUCUCUAUAUGCACUCAAAAAACGCCAUUCAGAAAUAAAUGAGCAAAGUACCAGUGAAUGAGUGAGCUUCGUACAAAAACAGAAACAGAAGCGGAUAGAGAAGCGGACGUAGCACAACCGAUUAAAAACGUUACGGCAGCAGCAAAGGAAAGUGUUUCAAGUACCAAAGAUUUUAGUGCAGAAGAAAAAGUGUAGAUUUUUCUUAAAGUUUCAAGUGAUUAGUUGAUGAAAAUUUAGAAAAUCAGUGCGAUACAUAACCAAAAAAUAUGCAAAAUAUUGCCUACUGAGGCAGUGUGCAGUGGAGAAGUGUGUUAACUCAGUGCUUGUCAAAGUGAAAGAUACCUACCAGUGAAAAAGGUCUAAGGAAUCAGCAGAGUAAAAGUAUAAUACAGAAGCGCAAAGAUGGGAUUGAACGGCUGUUGUUCGUGUGUAAAAUACUUGAUGGUGCUGAUAAACAUCUUAUUUUGGAUUAUUGGCCUAAUCAUUGUGGUCGCCUCGGUGUGGAUGCUCACCGAUCCCACGUUUGUGCUGUCGAUGACCCAAUCCUAUAAUCACUACUACAUCGCGUUGUAUGUCUUCCUUGGCAUUGGUGUGCUCAUCACAUUGGGCGGUUUCUUCGGCUGUUGCGGCGUCGUUAAGGAAUCACAAUGUCUGCUUAUAUCGUUCUUCUGCGUAAUUCUGGUGGUGAUGGUGGCACAGAUUGCCGCCGGCGCAUGGGCAUUCCACAACAAAGACAAACUCGAUGACAUUGUACGCGCGUCGGUGAAGUAUUCGGUGCAGGAGGAAUACGGCCAAUCAAGCAUGAGUUCGCGUACGGUCACUUUUGAUACCAUACAAAAGAAUUUGAAAUGUUGCGGCGCUGAUGGACCGGCCGAUUGGGCAACGAGCCGUUUCAACAAUGUCGAUCGCACAAAUAUCGUCGAUAUUGCCAUAUCAUCGAUGAAUGUGUUCUACAAUAUACCCGAAUCGUGUUGCAAAGACGAAUUGAAGGAGAAUGUGUGUGAAAUGUCGAGGAAAUUAAAAUUCGGUGGUUCGCUAAAUCAAGCAAUAUAUCAACAGGGUUGCGUUGACAAACUAAUUGAACUCAUCUAUGAGAAUUGGGUUCUGCUCUUCGGCAUCACAGCGGGUGUGAUUCUAUUGGAAUUAUUGGCGUUGACCUUCUCAUUGAGCCUUUGCUGUGCGGUGCGCAAUCAACACUACAAAGCCUGAGAAUUACUUAAUUCCCAGCGGGAAAUAAAUGACGACGAAAAAUAUUAACAAAUCAAACCGAAAAGGAUGAGGGCAAAGGCGUUCUAAUUCGUAACAAAGCAAAGAUCACAAAUAAAAUUAACACAACAACAAAUGCGAAGACAUGUGCGUAGCAAACGGAUAUAGAAUGAAGUGGAAGAGUAAGGCACAGAUUUGAAGAAAAUGCGGGAGAAAAAAUGAAAAAUCCUUGAAAUACGAGUUGCAAGAAUGAAGCUGAUGAGUACGUAUAUAUAAUAUAUGUACAUAUAUACAUAUGUAUGUAUGUAAACUCAUAAGUGCGUAGAAUAUAUGCAAUAUGUGCAAUGUAGUGCAAAAAGUGGAGAAUUAGCAAAAAAAAACAUACAGAAUUCAAGUAUUAAAAGCAAACAUUUGUGUAUGUACGAUUGUCGGCAGUAAAGAUCUGGCGAAAAAAAUUUGCUGUGAAAUAUGGCGGUAAAUGAUAUUUAAAAAAAAAAAAACACUUUUAUUUACAUUUUCAAAACUUUUGUAAAACACAGUAAAUUUUUAAGCAAAACUUUGUAGACAAAUGUGCAAAUCUUCAUCUUCAUAGAACAAUAAUCAAAAUCCAUUUGCCACAAACAAAUGAAAAUAAAUAAAAUAGUUAGUUAUCAUUGAAUGUUGGGAAGAAAAUGUAAAAAAAAAUACAAAAUGUACAUCAAAACAAAUAAAAAGAAGAAAAAAGAAUAAUAAAGUCCAUCAACCCAUUUGCACUACCUUGUAUAAUUAAUGGCUUAUAAUAUUAUUUUUCGUUGCUAAAAUGUUAGAUUUUUUAAGUAUAUUAUGAUGCCAAAUUUACGUUAUUGCGCAGCACAAAUGAAAUACUAACGUAAUUUAGUAAAUAUGUUUAUAUUUUACUCCACUCUUGCACAAAAUCUACCAAACUCAAGGUCUUCCGCUAUAAAAAAAAAUGUAUUUAUAUUUAAGUUUUUUUAUCUGCAAAUGCCAAAUGUAAAAAAAUAUAUAUUUAUUAUUUAGUUUUAAAAAAAUGUUUUGUGAAACUCUGAUAAAAAUGCUUAGAGUACGGUGUGAGACGAAAACGCGAAGAGUCAAUGAGUAAUAUGUUUUUUUUUUUACUUAAUCUUUUUUCAUGCAAUUUCCUCAAAUUCAACCGCAUAUCGGUUUAUUUAAAAUAUAAAGCUUGUUUGUCCAACGUGCAUAUAAGAAAAAUUGUAAAAAAUUAUAAUUUAAGAUAAACACAAAAAUGAAAUACUAAAAUCAUGCAAUACAGCAAUAAAGCACAAUAGAAUUGAGGAUAUACGUCCUCAGACUUAGUCGAAAUAAAAUAUACACGAUAUUCACCGACAGUUAACCUUAAAUAAAAGUUAUUUAAUUGUAAAAAAUUAAAAAUAAGAAACAAUUCGAUUCCGACUCUUGCUCCGCUGUACGUUAGUAGUAAUGUCAGUUAUUGCAAAAAGAAAAUACAAAACAAAUUCUUUUGUAUUACUUUUUUUAUUUUUACGUAUCAUCAAAACCAAAUUAGUUUUUUUUAUUUUCUUUUUUUCAAUUUAACGCAAAAUUGUAAAUUUGAUGCUAAAUAAUGUGCCAUGAUUUAAUGAAUUAUUUAUAUAAAAAAUAUAGUAUGUAUAAAUAAUGUUUAAAUUAUUUUUAUAUUUGUAUUCGAUACACUUUAAGUAUAUGUUUAUUUUUUAUGCUUAUAUAUAUUAUUUUUUUUUUUAUUUUAUAUUAUUAUUUUUUUUUUUAAGUUCUCACACUGUACAUAAAAAUCUAUAUAAUUUUGAAAAAAAAAAAAUGUAUGCAGUUCAUUUCAACUUUGAGUCAGUUCAAUGAUUUGAGGUAUUGACAUUCCAUAAACGAAAGCAAUUAGAGAUGGGUUUCGAAAGUUAAAACGAAAAUCGUAAUAAUUUACAUAUAUGUAUGUAUGUAAAAGAGUAGCAGUUAAAAUGUGAAAUAUUGAAAUAUAUGAAAAUGUUUAAAGCAUUAAAAUUAACUGAAACGCUAAAAUUUCAAAGCGACUUUCGUCAAAUUUUUUGUGUCCAAAAUUUUUCUUUUUUGUAAAUUAAAUACAUAUGCCUUUAAACGCCAAACUUUCAUGUAAAUAUUUGCUUUCAAUAUGCAUGUUGCUUUUUUUUUCUAAACUUGAAAAUCAAAAAUUUCGCCAAAUUUAUAACCUUAAAGUAGUUUACUUGUUAAGUUGGUGCUCAUAAGACAAUCUCGGCAUUUCGAAUAGAAUUAUGCAUACAUAUGUUUUUGAAAACGACUUUCAAAUGUUUUAUUAAUAAUUGUCAAGAAGGUCGCAGAAAAUGUGUGACAUUUUUUGUGUCAAUAUAAGAAAUGUUAUUGAAAGAAACUAAUUCGUAAAAAAGUGAUAUUCGAUAUUUAAAUACAAGUUGUCAAGGUUUAUGAAAUAAAUAUUAAAUUAAAUUGUAUUUAUGUAUUUAAUAGUAAGAAACACCCAUCUCUUUUUGCCUGAAAUUGAAAUACUAUUGAUGUAGUGGAGUAUUUAAAUUCAUUUCAAACAAUAUAUGCUUAAUAUCGUCUGAAUUGUGUAAAUUAGUGACCCUAACCCAACAUUUUAAAAAAUCUACACUUGUCACAAGCUCGACGAGAAUGUCAAAAGCCACACAAAUCUACAUUUCUAUAUUUUUGUUUUGCACAACUUAUGUUUAUUUACUUGUAUUGCAUAAAAUUUAAAAAAUAAUUUUAAUGAACUUAAAAUGUUUACUUAAUUUUAACAUAUAUUAUUUUAAGCGUAUUUUUACGAAAGAAAUUGUUAACCUUACUAAACCACCUAAGCCAACGUAGUCCAAAACCAACAAACAUUUUUAGUACCUAACACACAUUAAAAAAAAAAAACAAAAAAAAAUUAUAAUUUUACAAAUACUUUAAGCUUUAGUUAUAUUUGUUAUGCAUAAAUGUGUGAAUAUGCACUUGAAGCGAAAUUCGAACAAAUUUUAAAACUAUUUUAAAAUAAAUACCCACUUAAACGAACGAAUAUACAUUCAUACGCACAUAUUAACUGUUAAAUAUUGAAAAAGGCAUAAAUCACAAAUGUAUAUGCAUUUUUAAUUUAGUUUAAAUUUUAAAAUAAAAUAUUUUUAUAUGCUGUUGUAACUAAAUUAAUUUUAAUUAAAACAAAUUGUAGUUGAAAAAAUCCCAAAAAUACACACACAUACACAAAAAAAAUAUAAUUAUUUAAAUAAAAUGAGUCAACAUAUUUGUUGUUAUUAUUCAUUGAAAUAAAUAUAUGUAUUUUAAUAGAAAUUAUCACUUAAUACUCUACAUUUAUGUGUAUGUAGUAAACCACAAGAUACUUAUUUUGUUUAUUGAAAAUAUAUGACUUUUAAAUCAAAUAUACAAAAACAACUAAACAAAUGGUGAGAAGUAUAGAAUUGAUAACGAAAUUUUCAAGAUGAAGUUAAGUAAGCAGCAAAUAAUAUUAAAUAUAAAAGUAUAUACAUAUAUACAUAGCGAAAGUUGCACUCGUUUUGAAUGCUGCAAGCAUGCGAAAAGAAGGCGUUACGCAAUAAAUAAAUAAAAGAAGAUGAUGAAGAAUGUUUGUAGGUAAAUUUAGUUAUGGAUAAAUUGUUAGUCUAAAUUUUACGGCACAUUGUGCGUAGAAUACGUAAAAUAUGUUAAUUGUAUAUACAUAUGUAUGUAUGUAUGUACAUAAGUUACGUAAAAAACAUAUUUAAAGAUGUUGAGUAGUGAAAAUACGAUGUGGUUACUUAAUAAAAAUGAAAUAUUGACAGUGCUGGCGAAUAUUAAAAAACAUUUUUUGUACCAGCAUAUCUAAGCAUACAUAUGUACAUGCUUGUAUGUAUAUAAACAUUAGGCUGGCACAAAAAAAACUCUGCUGCCAAAAUAUUAUUGACUUAAAAACAAAAAAAACGCAAAAAAAGUGUAUUGUGGAGUUUAGGAAAACCACGGGUUCCGUUGUUGUUAAAAAUCAUAAAAACAAGUAAGGAAAGGCUAAGUUCGGGUGCAACCGAACAUUUUAUACUCUCGCAAUUUAUUGAAGAAAUUUAACCAAUACAUAUAUGCGGAAUAAAGCUCACCGUAUUUUUGAAAAACCUAUAAUUAGGUAUGUGGGAGCUAGGAGAUGUUAUUAUCCGAUUUUAAUAAUUUUUGGAAAAGAGACACACUAUUAGAAGAAAACAAUUUCCUCUGAAUUAAAUUGAGAUAUCUUAGAGAUUUACCCAUAUUUUCGGUUAAAAUUUAUCCUUAGGCGCUGAGUUCAACAUGUUCGAUAUCUGGGGCCUUGAAAAGUUAUGGUCUGUUUUCGACAAUUUUUUCACAAGUGAAGCCAGAGAUGAUAUGCACUAAUUGUGUAAAGUUUUAUUCCGUUAUCUUCAUUGGUUCCUUAUGUUUACAUUAUAAAGUGGAGGAAUAAGAUGGAUUUCAAAAUUGAGUUAUAAGGAAAGUAGUAGUGGUUGUGAACCGAUUUCGCCCAUUUUUUGUCCGUGUUAUUAGGGUGUCAAGAAAAUAUUAUAUACGGAAUUUCAUUCGAAUCGGUCGAGUAGUUCCUGAGAUAUGGUUUUUGACCCAUAAGUGGGCGAUGCCACGCCCAUUUUCCAUUUUGUAAAAAAAUCUGAGUACAGCUCCCCUCUGCCAUUUCUUAUGUAAAAUUUGGUGUUUCUGACGUUUUUCGUUAGUUAGUUAACCCACUUUUAGUCAUUUUAACCUAACCUUUGUAUGGGAGGUGGGCGUGGUUAUUAUCCGAUUUCAACUAUUUGCAUGGUGUGUGGUGGAGUAUGUAAGAGAACCGACUGCAGAAAGUUUGGUUUAUAUAGCUUUAUUAGUUUGCGAGUUAAAACAAAUAACCGAUUUGUGGGGGGGGGGGGGGGCACGCCCACUUCCCCAAAAAAAUUACAUCCAAAUAUGCCCCCUCCUAGUGCGAUCCUUUAUUCCAAAUUUUACUUUUAUAUCUUCAUUUAUGGCUUAGUUAUGACACUUUAUGUGUUUUUGGUUUUCGCCAUUGGGCGUGGCAAUGGUCCGAUUCUGCCCAUUUUCGAACUUGAUCUUCUUAUGGUGCCAAGGAAUAUUUUUGCCAAGUUUCGUCAAGAUAUCUUAAUUUUUACAAGUUACAGCUUGCACAAACGGACAAACGGACAGACGGACGGACAGACAUCCGGAUUUCAAAUCUACUCGUCAUCCUGAUCACUUUGGUAUAUAUAACCCUAUAUCUAACUCGUUUAGUUUUGGGUGUUACAAACAACCGUUAUGCGAACAAAACUAUAAUACUCUCUUUAGCAACUUUUGUUGCGAGAGUAUAAAAAUUAAGUCGAAAAAUGUUUUCAAUUUUUUUAUUCGCAAGUAUAAGUCUACAUAAGAUAUACGCCACAGUCUUAGUCGCAAUAAAAUCGAGAUUUAAACAAAACUUGUUGAUAGUUACAGCAUUCAAAUUAAUAAAUUAUUAUUUUUUAUAUUAUUUUACUUUUUAAUUAUUAUUAUGGUUUUACGAUACUUUUUUCGUAUUUAAGUUUUUUUUUUUCAAAAAUUCUAAACUUUAGAGCUAUAAUUAAUGUAAGUACAUUAAUAAAACUCUAUUCGCCCGUCCAGACUUUCAACAUUUCUUGCCUUAAAAUUUAGUAUUUAACCCUCUCAUGCCCGAAUUAAAAUGGGCGGAGCUAACAUUUUUUAGGACAGAUAUAUGCAUAUGUAUUAGUCUUAACUCAAAUAUGAAGUGACAAAAGCUGCAAAGUCCUAUGUAUCCUGGUUGAUUAGUUACAGGAUGUGGCUUAUAGGCACAAAUUAGAUUAUUAUAAAUAAACUAAACACUUUUCUCAUGAAAAUCUUUUUUAAAUAACUUUAUUUAUUCUUUAUUUAUUUAUAUACUUCACUUGUUUUUAUAUAAAACAAUUUUUUUAUAUUUUUGAGCCCUUUUUGUAUCACCAUUUUAGUAUACUUUUUUCGAGAAACCGAUUUUGACAAUUCCACUCUGCGGAGAAUGCCUACUGAAUGAAUACGUGCACAGUUCAUGUUCAAAAUGUAACUGUAAGCUUGCACAACACAUAAGUGUACAUAAUUGAAAAAACCGCAGGUCAAAAAUAUUUAAAUAACGAGAGUUAGAAGCCUAUAGGCAACAUUGGGCAUGUAAGGGUUAAGCUGUAACUCAUUGCUUGUUUUUUCAUUAGCUUUAUAAUUCAGCGCUUUCUUCAGCUAUUAUGUUCUGAAGCUGAAUAAGUGCCGAAAGCCGAAAAAACUGACAAGCCUAGUGCGUAAUUGCAGCUUUGAUGUUUCAAAGUUCGAAAAACAAGUGGAUUUAAAUACACGGAAGAGCUCUUCAAUUACAAUGAGUGUGGCCUUUAAGAUUUUGGAAGAUGAUUUGCCAAUAAUUGAUUUAAGGGUUUUGAGGAUGAUUUGCAAAUAAUUGAUGUAUUUUUGUUUACAAAAAAAAUUGUGGGAAACGAUACUAUGAACUUUAUUUCCGUUUUUUUAUCUUCGCAUCUAAUUUUGUUAUCAGCAAUUCUUAUGAAUAAUUCUAAAUUGUUUUUGAAGGAGAAAUUAAUUAAAUAAUUAAAGAAACAAGUGUUGAGGCCUUUUUAAGUAUAUAAGCAAAUUUUAGGUGUAUUCAGUUUUAGUUAAUAUGUAUUCAAAUUGAAUUUAAAAUGAAAAAAAUAUUAAUAUACACUAUCUUCAGUAUACACGAUUUCAUUUUCAUUGAUAACGAAAAAAACUUAAUAUCAUAGUACAUUUAUCUAAUAACUCACAAUAAGUAACAUUAAAAUCUUUAUAUUUCAAGUUUUAAAUUACAUUCAAUUGUAGAAGUGUUUUGGAAAAUAUGCCAAUCAUUUCACAAAAAAAGGAAAUUAACACACGAAUAAUGUAAAAUGCAGUUUUUACAAAAAUGCAUUAUAUGAUUUACAUAUAAUAGAAAAAGUUAAUGACGUAUGAUCGCCAAGGCACAUCCCAACCAUCAAAACAAAGAGUGUUUUGAAAGGUAGGUUUUGAGUUAUUAUAUGAUAAUUGCAUCAAAAAUAUCGUCUUGAAAGUAUGCUCAACUCUGAAUUUGUAGUAACAGUUUAAAAAUUAAAAUAUAAUAGAAAAUUAAGCAAGGUAGUUUCAGAAAAAUUAUAGAAAAUACAAUAAAGAAAAUUUAGACGAAAAAUUAAAAUAAGCAGUUAAUAAGGAAACUCCAACUUUAUGAAACAGCAUUUACAAUGAUAAAAAGUAACGGAAGUAAAUUCGUAUGAAAGGAAAUAAACAUUCGAAAACUUUAUUAAUGAAAAAAUUGGCUGCCACAAAUAUACAAACGUAUUAAAACACACAAAAAUACUCAAAAUACAUAAUUUCUAAGUAAGUGUUUUUUGGCAGAAAACUGUCGGAAAUCGGUGUGAUUUUCAUGAAAACUUCAUCAAAUUUUCAUCAGCCAAAAAUAAAAAGAAAUUAAAUCAAUUUGGCUUAUAAAUAGAUAACCAAGAUUACAAAUUGAUUUCCAUAAUUCAUGUUUGAUGCUGAGAGAAAGACACAAACUCUAUUGAUGAGACACAUGAGAAAAAUUGAUUACUUUAUACAAAAACAAACAAGUCAAUAAAUAAGAAUAUACUUUGAAACUUUUUUACCAGCUACGUAGUAAAUACAUAUGUACAGCCUUUAACCACUAUAAUUCAUUAAAAGAAAAAUCAUGAAUAAAGUGAUACGAAUCACGCAGAACCACUUUCAUAAAAUUAUAUUAAGACUCCGAAUUGUAUGAUUUGAUUUAUUUAUGAAAAAUAAAAUAAUACAAAAAGAAAUAUAUUCUUCUUGUAAAAAAAUUUAGUUUCAAGCUCCACAAAUCUAAGGUCAUAAUAUUUCCAGCGGAUGCAGAGACAAAAUUUUUUUAAGAGUGUCUGUAUUCUUUUUAAACCACUGCAUUGGUUCUCAUGACAAAAAACAUGGUUUAAUCUCCAGUUGCCAGGAGUUUUUACUGCCUUUUAAAAGUUUAUGAUGAUCAUACAGAACAACUGCUCAGUAUCAGUUUCAGUUUCAUCAGCUCUCAGAAAAAUAAAUACAUUUUUAGCGCUCUCAUUCAAUUCAUGAAAGAUGUCACAUUUUGAAAAUAAUGAUAAUGGACUUUAAGGUUAACACUGAUAAUAUUUGAGCAUCAGGCUUUUGUUGUUGUUACGGAAUUAGAAUUUCACAAGUCUUUAUCUAUAUUCAACAGAAUAUAAUGUUCAAUCUGAGCUCUUCACAUAAAUGAAACUACAUUAUGUAAUUGAAGUAAACAAAAAGAAAGCACA